GGAGUGCGUGUGUGUGCUGGGGGGUCCGUAUCUGCCGGGGCAGCGGGCGGCUGGGCUGCGCGCUAAGGCGGCAAGGAGCCGUCCGGUCCGCGCCACCCGGAUUCCCGUCCUGCGGGACUGGGACGCCGGCGGGUCUGGGGGCGGUGGCUCCGAGCCAGUGACUGGCCCGCCAGCAGGUGCGUGGGCGAGGGAGGGCGCAUGGCCGGGGGUGCGCGGGCGCGAGGGACUGACUCGGCGGGGGGCCACGUGUGGAGCCGCGUCCGUCCCCGCGGGAUCCCGCCCACCGCGGCUUCCGAGCGGGCGCGGCUGGCUUCGCUCUGCCCGCUGAGUGGGCACCUCUCUGACCGCCGUGCCCACCGCCGAAGUGCUGCUGGUCUGCGAGUCGAAGAGGCCUGUGCCGUACGGGAUACUGCACCUCGGCAUCGCAGAGCGCGGGGCGCCAUGGAGGUGAAGACCCAGCCGCCUGACAAAGGAGUCCUGCCUUCUCAGAGCCCUGCUCCUACUUCAGAGAAGCUCUCCAAAAAGAAGGGAAGAAUGCCAGUCAGAUUCCUGCCGGUCUGGAGCACGGAACCUGUGAUCUUCAGGGAUGUGGCCAUGUACUUCACCCAGAAGGAGUGGCAGCUGCUGGAGCCCGCUCAGAAGGACCUGUACAGAGAGGUGAUGCUGGAGAACUAUGGGAACCUGGCCUCCUUGGGGUAUCGGCUCUUCAAACCCAAGCUGAUCGCCAGGUUAGAGCAAGGAGAUGAGCCCUGUGUCAAGGAGAGAGACGUCCCUCGAGCCCCCCAGCAAGGCGGUGCUGGGAUCAGCGAGAGCUGCAUCUCCACAGACAAGAAGACAAGGCUUGUGCUGAAGACCACACUUCCAAAGCCAGGCAUCUCUACGAGGCCAUCCCUGGGGAAGGCAAAGGAAAUGGCUCAGAGGGGUGCUAAGAUGGAAAGGACUUUGGAAACUGAGGACAGGCCACUGAGGAGCACGCAAAAAGCUGGCCCCAGGCUGGCCGCAGACUCGUGCAAAAAAAUUCUCCCUAGAAAGAAAAGGCAUGAAUCCACGGCCAUGACGAGAUGCCCGGGUCGUCCACCACCACCAACAACAUCACAGAGCACCCCUCGAGGAAAGACGACCCUGAAAAGAGAUAUUAAUGGAAAAACACAGGCGCCAGGCUUCCCAAGGCAUGGUCGUCCAAGAAUCCAAAGGGGGAAGGCACACUUUAAAUGUAAAGAAUGUGGGAAAACUUUCAACCAGACCCUCCACCUCAUCGAGCACGAGCGGAUCCACACGGGAGAGAAGCCCCACAAAUGUGACGCAUGUGGGAAGUCCUUCCGGCACAGCUCCUACUUUUUCACUCACUAUAGGAUUCACACCGGAGAGAGACCCUACAAGUGUAAGGAGUGCGGGAAAGCCUUCAACAGCAGCUCCACACUGAGCAGCCACCACAGGACCCACACGGGGGAGAAGCCCUUCAAAUGUGAGGAGUGUGGGAAAACCUUCAAGCAGAGCACGAAGCUCACUCGUCACCGGAGGGUGCACACUGGGGAGAAGCCCUACCGGUGCAGUGAGUGUGAGAAGUCCUUUGGCCGCAGCUCCUCCUUGACGGAGCACAAGAGAAUCCACACGGGAGAGAAGCCGUACCACUGCAAAGUGUGUGGGAAAGCCUUCAGAUGCAACUCUCACCUUUUCGAGCACCACCGGAUUCAUCAGGAGGAGAAGUCCUAUCAGUGUGAGCAGUGUGGAAAAUACUUCCGGAAUAGCUCCCACCUGUCGGAACAUAGGAGGGUUCACCAGCUGGGGCCCCCAGAGCAAUGCCGGGAGUGUGGGAGGACCUUCCGGCGCAGGGCGGCCCUUCUCAAGCAUCAGAAAAGCCACAGAGAGAAUCACACUUACCAGUGUGAGGGAUGCGGGAAGGCCUUGCGGUGCAAGUCAAGCAUUCAGAGACACCAGAGGAUGCAUGCCGGACAGAAGCCUUACGUGUGCUCUGAGUGUGGGAAAGCUUUCACCGACAGCUCUACCCUUACCAAUCACCGCAAAAUCCACACCACAGGGAAACUGCACCCAUGCCCCAAGUGUGGGAGGGCCUUCAAGCAGCUCUCGUCCCUGGUGCUCCACCAGAAAGUGCAUGCUAGGAAGGGACAGUGAGCUCCCUGUGUGAGGGAGCCUUCAGCCAGGACCCACGCCUCCGUAAUCCCCAGAGAAGUCGCAAUGACAGACGCAAACUGUGUGAGUGGAGAUUCCCUGCGCCUCUCAUCAGAGGUGCCCUAGCCAACCAGGGGUCCUCAUUCAGGGGACCCCUCUACGUGGCCCCCACCUGAGACGUUUGGGGAGUGCCUGGGGAUAUUUUCGGUUGUCCCAGCCUGUUGGGGCCACUGGCAGUAAUGGAUAGAGGCCAAGAAUCCUCUGAACCCUAUGAUGCGCCAGACGCCUCCGUCUACAAGGAACAUUCCGGCCCCAAAUAUCAGUAGCGGCACUAUGAGCAACUAAAUUUGAGAAGAAAUUCAGGAAUAGUUUUCUGCGUGGUCCACUACAGUAACCACUAAAUGGUGUGUGGCUAUUUACAUUUAAAUGAACCAAACAUAAGUAAAAGGUAAAAUGUUUUCUCAGCUGCACCCAGCCAGGAUUCAGUGGCCAAACUCGCCGGCGGGCGCCGAAUCAGACAGCACAGAUAAGAGAGCGUAUCCAUUGUUGCAGAAGGUUCUGGUUGGGCCCUGGCUUGGAUCUCUUAUCAAAAUUGUCAUGCAGCAUAGCCCCGAGAAAGUGAGUGUGGGGUUCAGCCGCCAGAGAUGGGAGGCAGCACAGCCAAAUGUAGUGCUCCAUGAAUCGCUUUUGAGACUAUGUUGGCCCCCACGGAUGGUUCUGUGGGCACUCUGAUGUCUCAAGGCUGGGCAGCAUCCUGCUCGCAGGACAUCCCCUUCUGUCUGGAGCAGAACAGCCAGUAGAUCGCUGAAAAUGCUACUGGUAAGUGCCAACAUUUCCUGAGCCCCUCACCUGCCGCACAUGGUGUUGAGCACUUUACACAGCCUCCUGGAAUUCUCUCUGGAGUCCUAUAAAAUAGGAACGGAUAUCAUCCCGUGUUAUAGCUGAGAAAAUGAGGCUCAGGAAAGCUUUUUUUUUUUUUUUUUUUUUAAGAUUAUUUCAUAUUUUGCACAUUAAUCAAGAUCUGUCCUGCUAUUUUUAUAUUCCAUGCUUUCGAAUUCAUGUCAUUUGAAUUUUCACAAAAUGUAUCUUUAAGAAAAAGUAUAGGUGUUUACAUUUCUGUUCAGACUGCCGUUUUGGGCAGAGAGCAGCUUGGCUUUACCUAUGGCAGGAGCGGGCACAGAGGAGACUCUAGAUCAGGGGUGGGCAAACUAGGACCAACCCAGCCCGUGGCCUGUUUUUGUAAAUAAAGUUUUAUUGGCACACAGCCACGUAUUGUCUAUGACUGCUUCCACGCAAAGCCAGGUAAUUACAACAGAGACCGGAUGGUCCAUUAGCCUAAAAUAUUUGCUCUGAGACCCUUGGCAAAAAAGUUGACUGAUUCCUGCUCUGAAGAGCUGACAAAUUGAAAUGAAUAAGGGUGAAGCGUGGGAGUGGUUAGCAAAGGAAGAGAUAAACCCUCCAACUUUUGUGACUAGGACUCAGAGUGUGAAAGACAUUCUGUAUUGCAGUACAGCGCAUGUGUGUGUAUUUUCUAUGUGUGUGUGAACGUAUGUUUGUGCAUACGUGAAGGAUAAGUUUAAAGCAACACUACUUACCCUUAUUGUGUGCACACACCAAUCCUCUUUCACUUAAAAAGUGCUGGUCACAGGGGCACCUGGGUGGCUCAGAUGGUUAAGCAUCUGCCUUCGGCUCAGGUCAUGAUCCCGGGGUCCUGGGAUCGAGCCCCGCAUCGGGCUCACUGCUCAGUGGGGAGCCUGCUUGUCCCUCUGCCUCUGCCUGCCGCUCCCCCUGCUUGUGCUCUCUGUCUGUCAAAUAAAUAAAUAAAAUCUUUAUUAAAAAAAAAAAAGUGCUGGUCACAACUUUCUAAAUCGAUUUCACCAACCAACAUGGGGUGCAACCCCCAGCUUGAAAAGCCCUGACUUGGUGACAGGACAAUGUAACAUAUUGCCUCCUUUUUGAGAGGUCAGACAUCUAAGGCCUCCAAGUGGGUCAGUGGUUGGCAUCACCGUUGGAGAAUUUAUCAGAAAGCAGAAAGUGGAGAGCGCCACCAUGUUCAGGGCGUGACUUUGUGCUUGCUCCCAGAGCAGCUUGGUGGAUAGACAGACCCAGGUUCUCUAGAUUGCUUUCAUGACCCCCAGAACAUUUCCUUCCCAGCACUAGGAGAUAGACUAAGGGUGAGGAUGGAGGAUCUCCAAGAACUCUGCUGGGGCUUUAAGAGGGAGCCAUCUGGGGCACCUGGGUGGCUCAGCUGGUUAAGUGUCUGCCUUAAGCUCAGGUCCUGAUCCCGGAUCCCAGUAUCCUGGGAUUGAGCCCCAGGUUGGGCUCUCUGCUCAGUGGGGAGUCUGCUUCUCCCACUUCCUCUGCCCCUCCCCCUCCUUGUGCUUACACACACACUCUAUCUCUCUCUCUUUCUC